AUGGAUCGUAGUUGGAUUGACGCUCUACGAACAAGUGACGAAUAUGAGCGUGGGGUGGAUCAGUUUUUGGAAUUUGCAAAGAAUAAUGUUCCUAAUAACAAUGGAUUGUUUUAUUGUCCUUGUGUUAAAUGUAUGAAUGGGUUGCGACAAGUUACAACAGAAAUAAAGGAUCACUUGAUUUGUUUUGGGUUCUACAAAGCAUAUAGACAAUGGGUAUUGCAUGGUGAGUCUAAAAAACAUAAAGUGUGCCAGAUUGAGAAAGAUGAUAUGGAUAUGGAUGAGCGAGUGGAAGAUAUGAUUCAUGAUGUAGGUGUUGAUGUUGUUGAGCAAUUACAUAAAUAUAGUAACUUGUGCAAUGAUGCCGAAAAGCCUUUAUAUCCUGGGUGUACAAAGUACACAAGGUUGACAGCAGUGUUAAAGCUAGUCAACUUAAAAGCAAAAAAUGGGUGGAGUAAUAAGAGUUUCACAGAGUUGCUUAUAUUGUUGAAAGAUAUGCUUCCAGAAGGUAAUAUACUUCCAGAUCGUAAUUAUGAGGCAAAGAAGAUAUUGUGUCCAAUGGGAUUAGGAUAUAAAAAGAUACAUGCUUGCCCCAAUGACUGUGUAUUAUAUAGAAAAGCAUAUGAUGAGCUGGAUGCAUGUCCGGUCUGUGGGACAUCACGUUAUAAAGUAAAAGAGAUGGAGGGUGGUGAUGUUAUUUCUAAGGGGCCUCCUGCAAAGGUAUUGUGGUAUCUUCCUAUAAUACCAAGAUUUAAACGUUUAUUUGCUAAUGCAAAUGAGGCAAAGAAGUUGAGAUGGCAUGUUGAAGAAAGGAAAACUGACGGAAUGCUUCGACAUCCUGCUGAUUCUUCUCAAUGGAAAAGGUUUAAUCAAUUAUUUUCUGAAUUUAGUAAUGAGCCUAGGAAUCUUAGGCUUGGACUUUGCACAGAUGGGAUGAAUCCUUAUGGAAAUCUUAACAGUCAACAUAGCUCAUGGCCUGUUCUCUUAGUGAUUUAUAAUCUACCUCCUUGGUUGUGUAUGAAACGCAAGUAUAUUAUGUUAUCUUUGAUGAUUUCUGGCCCAAGACAGCCAGGAAAUGAUAUAGAUGUUUAUCUAGCACCGUUGAUUGAUGAUUUGAAGAUGAUGUGGGAGGUAGGUGUAGAUGUAUUUGAUGCAUAUCAUGAAGAGUCUUUUAAGUUAAGAGCUAUGAUUUUUUGCACAAUAAAUGAUUUUCCUGCUUAUGGAAACUUAUCCGGAUAUAGUGUUAAAGGGCACAAUGCAUGCCCUAUAUGUGAAGACAGGACAUCUCACCAGCAGUUAUCACAUGGAAAGAAGACAGUUUAUCUUGGUCAUCGAAGAUUUCUUGAACCAGGACACCCUUAUCGAAGGAAGAAAAAGGAAUUUAAUGGCUUUCAAGAGUAUAGGGACCCUCCAGAGCCACUUACUGCAGACCAAGUAUAUGAACGGGUGAAAGACAUUGAUACAGUAUUGGGUAAAAGCCAAAAAAGAGUAACUAAGAAGAAUCUCUGGAAGAAGAAGUCUAUCUUUUUUGAUCUCCCUUAUUGGAAAUAUCUUGAGGUAAAGCAUAGUAUUGAUGUGAUGCAUGUGAAAAAAAAUGUGUGUGAAAGUCUAAUUGGAACACUAUUAAAUAUAAAGGGAAAGAGCAAGGAUGGUAAGAAAGCAAGAUUAGACUUACUUGAAAUGGGGAUUCGAACACACUUGGGUCCAAGAACUGAUGGAAAGAGAACUUACAUGCCCCCAGCCUAUCAUACUUUGUCGAAAAGAGAGAAAAAAAGCUUUUGUCAAUGUCUACAAAGUAUUAAGGUGCCACAAGGAUAUUCUUCAAAUAUCAAAAAGCUUGUAUCAAUGAAGGAUUUAAAAUUAGUAGGCAUGAAGUCCCAUGAUUACCACAUUUUGAUGCAACAAUUCUUACCAAUAGCAAUUCGAGACAUAUUAGAGAAAAAGGUGAGAAAUACAAUAAUUAGAUUAUGUUCCUUCUUCAAUGCCAUAUGUAGUAAAGUCAUUGACCCAGAGAAAUUGGAUGAAUUGCAGAAUGAUAUUGUCAUUACCUUAUGCCAACUUGAAAUGUACUUUGUGCCGUCAUUUUUUGAUAUCAUGGUACAUCUAAUUAUACAUUUGGUGAGAGAGAUAAAGUUGUGUGGCCCAGUUUAUUUGCGUUGGAUGUACCCAUUUGAGCGAUAUAUGAAAAUCCUUAAAGGGUAUGUGAAGAACCCACAUCGACCUGAAGCGUCUAUUGUUGAAAGAUAUGUUGCUGAAGAGGUUGUUGAGUUUUGUACUGAAUACCUAUCUGGAAUAAAACCUAUAGGACUUCCUGAGUCUCGCCAUAAGGGAAUGAGAGUUGCAGGUCAAGGGACGCGAGGGUUUAAUGUGAGGCCUAUGAAGCGUGAUGAUGUAGAACAAGCGCAUAUGUACAUCUUAAAUAACAUUGAUGAAGUUCAAGAUUACUUGUUUGAGCAUAAAGAGGAAUUAAGGGUUCAAAACCCUAAAAAGGCAGAUAAAUGGUUGCUAAGUGAGCACAAUAAAUGUUUCUCGCUUUGGUUUAAGGCAAAGGUAAAGCAAGAUCGUCAAAAGUUCAAUGUUUCUGAUACAGUAAGAUGGCUAGCUAGUGGGCCUAACUAUAAUGUCACAACUUGGAGUGGAUAUGACAUCAAUGGCUAUUCAUUCUACACAAAAUAUCAAGAUGAUAAGAGCACUAUGCAAAACAGCGGUGUUAUGGUAGUUGCAGAAGCAAUGCACUUCUCUAGUUCUAAAGAUAAAAAUCCUAAAUGGGCAUCCAUGCAGUAUUUUGGGAUUAUUGAAGAAAUAUGGGAAAUUGACUACUAUAAAUUCAAAGUGCCAAUUUUCAAGUGUAAAUGGGUUGAUAGCAAUAAUGGUGUUAAAAUAGAUAUGUCAAGUCUUGCACUGAUAAAUCUUAACAAAGUAGGUCAUAAGGAGGAUCCUUUUAUUAUGGCAGUUCAUGCAAAGCAAGUCUUUUAUGUCACAGAUCCAAUUGAUAAAAAUUGGUCCGUGGUUCUACAUGGGAAAAGCCUGAUUGCUUAUGAAGAGAAUGAUGAAUCUUAUUGUGACAUUGGUGAGACUCCUCUUUCUAUGUCAACCAUGCCUCAAUUGGAUGAAGAAGAUAAAGAAGAUGGUGUACAUAGCAUAACAAGUGAGCAUGGUGAUAAAGAAGAUGAUAUGUAUGGCGUAAGGACUGAUCAUGAUGAAGGUUUAUGGGAGACUUAA